GCGCCGUUAGGCCCCGCCCCGGCCCCGCCCCCUGCCCACGUGGUUCCGGCGAAGGUCGGCGCCCAGCUCCGCUCGCCGAGCCAUGAGCGAGCUGCCGGCGGACGUGCGCGCCUUUCUGCGCGAGCACCCGAGCCUGCGGCUGGAGCCCGGCGCCUGCAAGGUGCGGUGCGCUCUGACCGGCCACGAGCUGCCUUGUCGCCUGCCCGAGCUCCAGGUCUACACCCGCGGCAAGAAGUACCAGCGGCUGGUCCGCGCCUCCCCGGCCUUCGACUACGCCGAGUUCGAGCCGCACAUCGUGCCCAGCACCAAGAAUCCGCACCAGCUGUUCUGCAAACUCACCCUGCGACACAUCAACAAGUCCCCAGAGCACGUGCUGAGGCACACCCAGGGCCGGCGGUACCAGAGGGCGCUGCGGAAGUAUGAGGAGUGUCAGGAGCGGGGGGUGGAGUUCGUGCCGGCCUGCCUCCUGCACAAGAGGAGGAGGAGGGAAGACCAGCAGGACAGUGACGGGCCGCCUCGUCCUAGAGAAGCGUUCUGGGAGCCCCCGUCCAGCGAUGACGGCGCCGCCCCGAGCGACAGCGGCGACAGCAUGACAGACCUGUACCCGUCUGAGCUGUUCACCAAGAAGGACCCAGAAGCGACUGGGCCUGGGGACAGCACUGACGACUUUCAGACCGAGGACGAGGAUGAGAAGCCGAGGUGCCCGCGAGAGCCGGGCCGUGAAGACAGCAGGGCCCUGGGAGCGGGCCGGGAGCGCGUCCUCAAGCGCAGGAAGAAGCGGUCCAGCUCCUUGAAAAAGAAGCUCAAAAAUCACCACCGCAAACCUAAGAGCUUCAGCUCUUUUAAACAGUCAGGUUGAUGAAAGGUCGCUCAUCGGAAGCUGCCCGCCAGGGUCCCCGCUGAUCCAGUUCCCAAGACCUGCUCCACGCACUCCUCGUUUGCUGCCCCUGCCUGCACGGCUAGGGUCUGACCCCACACCCAGGGAGCAGCAGGGACCCCGAAGGAAGACCUCCGUCUGGACGUGGUCUCCGGCGAAGAGCCCUGGCCAGGCCCCACCUGGCUGGAGGACACCAGAGGACCACACUGCAUACAACAAAUGCCAUUAUUUAUUUUGACGUGUCUCCAAAAAUCAAAAUGUUUUCAAACACAACUAAGAUAUAAAAUACAGCAUGAGAUUUAUACCUA